GCCUUCUUUGUCGCUCGUUGCUCUGGUCAGACUCGGACUCAAUCUUAGCGGAACAAACCCUCUCACCUCUUCUUCUCCUUAAUCAUUUCUCUCAUGGUCUUGCACUUUGUACCCCAGGUGCUCGUGAGAGGGAUGAGAUAAAUUGCCAUGCAGAUCUUUUAUUCAGUUAUCGUCCAAUUGUAUAUUUUGUCUAAAUUUCAUCUAGUAAGUUUCUUGCUAAGGGGCUAUCGGCUUACUGAUAUUGAGGCUGGCAUUGGGUCUUUCAGUUAAGUUGGUACUGUUUUUACAACAUGCCAUAUUAUAUACAGAGACUUUAUAAUGCUUGCAAGGCAUCAUUCUCACCCACGGGCCCUGUGUCAGAUGAAGCACUCGAGAAAAUCCGUACUAUGUUAGAGAAAAUCAAGCCUUCUGAUGUAGGCCUGGAACAGGAAGCACAAGUAGUGCGAAAUUGGACUGGUCCUGUGCGUGAGCAGAAUGGUAGUAGCCAUCAGUCACUGCCAGCAAUUAAAUACAUGCAUUUACAUGAGUGCAACAGCUUCUCAAUAGGAAUUUUUUGCAUGCCUGCUUCAUCAAUAAUACCUCUUCAUAAUCAUCCGGGAAUGACUGUGCUGAGCAAGCUUAUCUAUGGCUCAUUACAUGUGAAAUCAUAUGAUUGGCUUGAUUUGCCUGAGCCUGAAGAUCCACUGCAAGGUUUAUUUGAGAUCAUGACUUCAUUUUCCACUUUUAUCAUGCUCAUUUAUUUGAUGCUUGUAAACAAAUGGCAGAACUAGACAUGUGUAUACAGAUACUUGCUUCCAUGAAAGAUUCAUUUGAUUGUGAAGAAAAUUAUUUCUUGUGCAUAACAAAAUUCCGAAAAUAAUAUGAGCUUCUUGUUUCUCAUAACCUGUUUCAUUUAUCAUCCUUCUUCUCUUCAAAAUAGUCUUAUUUUCAGUAGUUAUUUCUGCUAGUUGAGUGUAGAAGAUUGAUAUUACUUUUGAUUAAUCUGUUUAAAUUCUUGGUUAUAAACAUUGCAUGACUGUUACCUUUACUUUAUAGGCAUCGCUAGAUUGUUUAAAGACUUCCUGAUCCUUCUCACUCUGUACGCCAUGUCCUCCUGGCAUCAUCUGCAAAUUUGAAAUAUGAUCAUUCCAAGUUAUUUGAGAAAGGAAAUAUUUACGGCUUUUGGUUGUGUCUUCUAUCAUCUUGUACUGAAUUGAAAUUUGUAACUUGAUUUACAAUAUGUGAACCUGCUGUCCUUGAUGUUACAUCAGGUGGUUUUUGUAUGCAAUAUCUGUAGAACAUGCAAUUGAAACUGGCCUGCUGGUUCAGUGGAGACUUCAUUAUUUAAAGAAGUGACAAAUCUGUUGAAAGUUGAUAAAAUCUAUUUCCUCUACUAGGAUUUUGGCCUAAGAUCUUUGGUGCCUUUUGUUUAUGGUUAUUUGUUUUUUUUGUUUUCCAUGCUGGAAGCUUGUUAAUCUGCAUGGUGCAUGUAGAGUGAAUUGUAGAGAAAUGAACCCUGUGGAGGAAA